CCGGAAGCGCGGGGGACGGAGCGGGAGACGCGGUCGCGACGGUUGCAGCUCCCUCGGCGGCUCCGGGAUCGGCGCCGCUCGGGUCCCGCCAACCCGGAGCCCCUCGGGAAAGGUUUUGCUGUGGGAUAUUUUGUCAUUAUGAGAUGUCGUCUACCAGUGCUUCAUUUGUGCAAAUUAGAUUUGAUGACUUGCAGUUUUUUGAGAACUGCGGUGGAGGGAGUUUCGGGAGUGUCUACCGAGCCCGAUGGAUUUCUCAGGACAAGGAGGUGGCAGUAAAGAAGCUGCUCAAAAUAGAAAAAGAGGCAGAAAUACUCAGUGUGCUCAGUCACAAAAACAUCAUUCAGUUCUACGGAGCUGUCAUUGAACCUCCAAAUUAUGGCAUAGUUACAGAGUAUGCUUCUGCUGGCUCACUGUUUGACUACAUUAAUAGUAACAAAAGUGAAGAGAUGGAUAUGGAUCAUAUCAUGACCUGGGCAACUGACAUAGCUAAAGGAAUGCACUAUUUACACAUGGAAGCUCCAGUGAAAGUUAUCCACAGGGACCUGAAGUCCAGGAAUGUUGUUAUAGCUGCUGAUGGUGUGUUAAAGAUCUGUGAUUUUGGUGCUUCAAGGUUCCACUCCCAUACGACACACAUGUCAUUAGUGGGCACUUUUCCAUGGAUGGCCCCAGAAGUUAUUCAGAGUCUUCCAGUGUCUGAAACAUGUGACACAUAUUCAUAUGGAGUGGUUCUCUGGGAGAUGCUAACAAGGGAGGUCCCCUUUAAAGGCUUGGAAGGAUUACAAGUAGCUUGGCUUGUAGUGGAAAAAAACGAGAGAUUAACCAUUCCAAGCAGUUGUCCCAGAAGUUUUGCAGAACUGAUGCAGCAAUGUUGGGAUGCUGAUUCAAAGAAAAGGCCAUCUUUCAAGCAGAUCAUUUCAAUCCUGGAAUCUAUGUCAAAUGACAGCAACCUUCCAGACCAGUGUAACUCAUUCCUGCAUAACAAGGCAGAGUGGAGAUGUGAAAUUGAGGCAACCUUAGAGAGACUAAAGAAACUGGAGCGUGAUCUGAGCUUUAAAGAGCAGGAACUAAAGGAACGGGAGCGACGUUUGAAGAUGUGGGAGCAGAAGUUAACUGAACAAUCAAAUACUCCUUUGCUGCCCUCCUUUGAUAUUUGUGCAUGGACUGAAGAUGAUGUGUUUUUCUGGAUGCAACAACUUACUAGAAAAGGCAAUGCUUCUGGUGAAAUGAGUGUCUAUGCUAGCUUGUUUAAGGAACAUCAUAUCACUGGGAAACAAUUGCUUCUUCUAGAAGAAGAGGAUUUAAAGGACAUGGGAAUUGUUUCCAGAGGACACAUCAUCCAUUUAAAGACUGCUAUCGAGAAGUUAACCCAUGACUACCUAAAUCUGUUUCAUUUUCCACCAUUAAUUAAGGAUUCUGCAGGUGGAACUGAAGAAAACAUAGAGAAAGUAGUGAAUCUUGAACUUGUGUUUGGUUAUCACUUGAAGCCAGGAAAUGGUCCAAAGGAUUGUAAAUGGAAAAUGUACAUGGAGAUGGACGGGGAUGAAAUUGCAAUAACCUACAUAAAAGAUGUGACAUUCAACACUAACCUACCUGAUGUAGAGAUUUUAAAGAUGACAAAGCCACCGUUUGUAAUGGAGAAAUGGAUUGUGGGGAUAGAAGAACACCAGUCUGUAGAAUGUGUUGUUACAUAUGAGAGUGAUGUUAGAGCUCCCAAAAGCACCAGGCACAUCCAAGCUAUCUGCUGGAGCAAGGUGAAAGCACAGGACGAGGUUGAGACAGUACAGCUCAUGAUACAGACCUCGGUCCCCAACUCGGAGGGGAAUUCACGGAGCAGAUCUGACUCAGGCAUUGACAGUCAGUGGAUGCAGACACUGCGCAUGCAUCAGAUAGCAAAAGCCGUUUCUCACCAGCACAGCCACCCCCACAGCCCGACCACAGUCACCCACUACCUGCCCUACCUUCACAGCCAAGACUCCUACGCUGCAGCCGUCAGGAGGACACCCGCUCCUGUCAGUCACCAGUUCACAUCCAUCAGCCACUCCAGGAACUCUUCUCCUAUCUCACACAGUUUGAUGAGAAACCUCUCGAAUCUGCAUCUGAACUCAAAAGGCAGCAGUGCCUCCAGCACAGCCUCAGACACCGCUUCGGAGAGGGACAGGUCUGCUGGCAAAGGCAGAAACACCCCACACAGCGGUAACUCCCGCAGCUCCUCGGGCGGGCGGCGCAGUGGGACCAGCUCCCCAGUGCCCCCCCGACACUUGGGAAGACCCAGCAGGACUUCUUUGCCAGUGGCCCCUCCGGCCUCCCAGCACCGCAGGGUUUAAGAGGCUCUGAAUUAUAAGAAGCCAGCUCUGAGACGGCUGCUGGAAUGGAUGAUGAAAAACAGCAGAGAGCUCAUGAAGGCAAAUUCAGAACUGGACAUCCAAAGUGAGUGAGUAUUUGCAUCCAAUGGAGAGAAUGUUUACAAAAUCAAAUACAAACCUUCCUUCCUUCCUUCUUCCCUCCCUCCCUCCCUCCCUCCCUCCCUUUUCCUUCCUUUUUUUUCCUUUUUUUUUUGGUCUUUCCUAUAUACCUAAGGAUGUCUUAAAAAAAAAGAAAAACAGGAGGACAAUGGAGAGCAGACAUUUGCCACUGAGGUCAGCAAUCAUUCUUCUUUAGCUCAGCAAGGUGUCCCAGAGCUGGGUCUGAUCCUGGUGGAUGUUGUCUUCCUAAGUACACAAGUUUCUCCAGCAACACUGGUGUACCUGCCACUACCAUCAGAAGGACUGGCUGUAAGAGGUGAGUGUCCUGGGAACCUGCUCCAUAGAGGGACUGACAGCUAGACCAGCAGCCUGUCGUGGUGCUGCACAGGGAAGGGGCCAAGCAACUGCACUCUCAGGGCACUUGUUCCCUGUGUCUUGCAGGUCAGAGACAUGUGCUGUGAACCAGCUGCCAAUUCAAGUGCCUGUGGAACCCUGCUCCUAAAUGUAGUGGGCAGCACGUGAAUGUGAGACUCCUUGGAGCAAAAACAUUGCCCAGACCUGCGAACACAGGCUGCUUUUGUUCAAAUACAGCCAGGGCACAAGGGGCUGCCCACAUGCAACCUGCUCGAGAGCCAAAGGUCUUUCUGAAAGGGGGAGAGCUGCUCAGAGGGCUUUUGUAGCAGGUCAUCUGCCUGAGUUGGAAGAGCAAAUUCACAGAAGGAUGAUUGUCACAGAGGUGACAGCCCACUGAACUGUCGAGGGGGCCCCAAAAUCAUAAACAACUCCAGGCUGUUCCUCACCCUAACCCCUUGUGACAUGAGCAGACUGUCAAUCCAUCUCAGGGCAGUGGAGCUGCAGAGGUUGCUUUUUGUGGCCUGGGCAGGAAUUUCCCCCAGCUCAGUGUUUGAUUUGGGCAGCACUGUAAUCUCUUUCUCUUCCAACAUUUCUAGUUCUUACUUUGGCCUCAUAUUGAUUUCGACAGACAUACCAAAAUGUAAUGCCUGCACUGCGCUUGUCAGGAAGAUAAAUAGAAGUAAUGAUCAGAGAGGGGAGAUGAGGUGGCCAUCUGACCCCUUUUCACUGGGGAACACAGCUGCCAGGAUUUCAGCCUGUCCAACUGCUGCCAUGGCUCCCUGUACCUCUGUGCUGGGGGAAAUCUGGUCAUACUGCCUGGGUGGGAUGGGAUGACUGUGGGACCUGCUUAUCCUCCGCUGAUGUUGCUGAGACCUGCCUUCAGCAGGGGGAAUGCCAGCAGGCCCUCUGUCUCCCCAUCUACACCUAGAUCUCAGUGAUGCCGUGCCAGUGGACAAAACAUUGCUAUGCUCCCAGGAAUGGUGGGUCUCAGGGCUAGGUUUCACAGGCGGUGUUGCUGCUGGUUGGUUUAUUUCCAUGAAAUGCUAGAGAAAGUAAAUCCAGUUCCUGUUCAGCUGGGAGGGGAGAGUGCCCCUUUGUGCCUCCCCCCAGUGCUGCCAUGGCUGAGCUAAUUCCCCAUGAGAACUUGCUUUCUUGCUGGCAUCAGUGUGAAAUGUGGAUGGGUGUUUUUGGACAUUGUUUACUUUUUAAAGAAAGUAUUUGCUACUGCAGUUUUGCUCUAUCUUACCUGCUCCCACUGAUUAUUUUCUAGCAGUUGGCCUUGUCUGACAGCAUGCUGACCACAAUCUGUCAACUUGCUGAGCUGAUUUAAGGAGCAGAGGUUGCUUAAACUCUCUGUCCUUCCUCACUCAGAGCAAAAGCCCCCAGGCAGGGCACCCCUCACCUCUGUCCUCCUCUCUAGCUCAGCCCAUGCUGCUGAGGAUCAAACUCCAUGUAUUUCAAGACUUCCUAUAACUUGCAAGCUUGCUGCCAAGAACACUGGACUGUGCAUCAACUAUAUGCAAUUGAUUUUUUUGAUUGUGCUAUAGAAUGCACUUUGACAUAACAAUAAUAAUUAUAAUUAUUACUUUAAGCUGGGAAAGAUGGGCAGUGGCUUAUGUAACUGUGGAAAAACCCCAAACUAAGAGACCCCCUGACAUCUAAUGUCACUAAAAUGGAACCAAAUAGCUGUGCUACCUCUGAAAAUUACAUCUGACAGAAUUAUUUUCUGUAUGUGUCCACCAUAGAAGGGUUUUUACACAAUAUUCUUAUCUAAUGAAUUGCCAAAGCGUAGCAGUUCGAGCUAGUUAGUUGCAAGAAGUUAGAGGUUAGAGAGGAGAAGUCUAUUACAGCAAUAACACUAAUAAGGGUCUGCCAAGAUCACACUUGAGUACAUGUAAAUACAGGGCAUUUGAGAUUAACAUCUCAGAGGACAGAGGAAUGGUGCUAAGAGGCAGUGACCGAUUGGGAAAAAGGGGAGCUGGGGCUAGAGGGUGCAGCCUUUCCCUGCAGCUCCCAUUCCAGCACCACUACGCUCCCCCCAGCCCGCAGCAGCCGCAGCCCACUGCUCCUGCCUCUGCCACCCCCUGCCCGAGGGUCGGAGCCUCUUCCAUGAAAUUUCAUGAGGCGGUUUGGCAGGUUCUGACGGGCGGCAGGCGUGAGCCCUGUGCUAUGUGGAAUGAAGUGGCUUAAUAUAUCUGGGCCUCAACAUAUACACUUGGCAAGCAAGGUGAGGGCUUCCUGCAGCAGAGAGGGCAUUUCCCUCAUGCUAUGAAAAAAUCCAAGGGCCUGAAAACUUGAGAUGUGCCCUGGGGACUCUGUGGCAGGUAGUAGCAAGCCUUGAGGGAGGCUUUCUACCUGCCCCUCCCACUUUGUUCCUUCUGAGAGAGCUGCCAGGAGAGAGAUCCCUGGGGAGAAGGUCGUGCCACCGCUUGUCCCCCCACUCCCACCCUCUCCCAGCAACCACAUUUUGUUGAGGGCUGGUGGAGGCGAUGCAAAUCAACAUUUCCAAAGCGUCAGUGGCAAAGCUUGUAUAACAGGGAAAAAAACUAGACUACAGUAAGUAUUUUUGAUUAUUUUCUGGUAGCCUUCUGUUUCCCACAGCUGUACAUUUGCAGAAUAUGUUGUGAUUUCUUUAUGAUGUUACUAAAUGUAAUUUGUGUUUUCAAAGGGAAUUAUAAAUCAAAAACAGUGAAAGGGCUGGAAUCCUGAGCUUUUAAAAGUGGCUACUGCAUAUCAACAACAGCUACUUUUGAUCAAAAUUUUUUGCUAUGCGUUUUGUGGAAUGGCUACAGGAUACUCAAAUGAGCAUUGUAAUUGAACUCCCACAAUGUGCAUCAUAAUUCUCUGGGCUCCAAAUGAUCUGCUACGACUUAUACUUGGAAUAAUCAUUAAGGUUUCUAUUGAAACUGACCACAUUUCAUCCAUUCUCUUAGUGCACUGAGGAAUAUAGUAUCAAUCACACUUUUUCUCUCACUGAACUGUAUUUUUCCUCUAGUUUUCCUUCUCUUACUUUUUUUCAUUUUUAUGGUCUUGCCAGUGUCAAAGAAACACAGUAUCGAAUAGUAUCAGACAUGACCACCUUCAAUUGAACAUGCAGGAUGCAUUUGCACUCAGCCUUUACUAAUAAGGAAGUUACAGCAAAGCACAAGGAGAUAAAAAUCUGACAAAUUAAAAGAAGAAAAUCUAUUUCUCCUUGGAGAGACAAAAAAAGGAAAAAUAUAUUAAUUGCAUUGGGGAGGUAUUUUGUGGAGCUGGUACAGUUGGUCUUACUAUAAACUGAUUCCUUUACUAUAUAAACUGAUUGUACACUAUAAAUAUUUAAAUUUAUAUUUAUUUUACAAAAUCUGAUUCUACCUAUCAGAGCACAGUAUCAAAGUAUUUACGUUAAAAAGGUACUCCAUAAAAAUUCACGUCCAGCAAACAUGUAGACAUCUAACUAUAAUUAAAUCUUCAAAAGUGGCCAUCCUCCUGCUUCUGUAUAAGAACAAGUGUGUCCUUUCUGGGUUGCAAUCAAUAGCAGGUUACCUGAUUAUACACCUUAUUAUGUCUUGUAUAGUAGUGUGAGCCACUGGAGGGUGACGUGAACAAAUAGAUAUGCCUGAUCAGAUCUUUUCAAGAAACACACCUUACAGGAGAGAGAAAAACAAUUAGUGUGUGUUAUAGGUUACCGAUUUACAAUUUACAUCAUACAUCAAUGUCUGAUUAUUUUAAUGCAAAAUGUUUUUAGCUUCAUUUUAUUGCACUAAUGGUUUCAAUAACACACUAUAAUUUGCUCAGAUAGAGCAAUUGAAGAGGUGAUUGGACAGCUCUUACAGAAAUUUUUAAUUACUGUCAUUAGUGGCUGCAAUCUUAUUCUUUUCUAUGGAGCUAAGAUACAGGUUAUUGCAUUGUGCCACAAGUGCUCUGCGGCCAUGAGAAUCCAAACUCUCUCUUUCCUCUGAAAUGCUUCUUCUAUAAAUAUGUGUCUGUGCAAGUCUCAUCACAAUAAUUACUAGCAUCACACAAACAUUAACUAAUGUACCCAGAGCUCUUUUAGGCAGGUGUGGUGGUACAUCCCCACCCUUGGGCCGUGCUAUGAUCUCUGAAAUACUCAUUAGGCCUCAGCCUUGACAAACAGCACCUGGGCUUAGCUUCUGUUGAGCUUGUCAGAAACCGUGUCUGCUCCCAGGAGCUUAUGCUAUCUAGUGAGCUCCUAGUUUUUAAAGAACAGACUUGAAAAGUGACUUUUCUUGCCUGAAUAACAACCCAACUGAAAUAAUAUUUUUGUUGUCAGACUUGCAAAGAAAAGUACUGACCCAAAUUGAGGCCAGGAUGAAAAAUUACUAUGAUUAAAGCCAACUGUCUUGCAACCCUAUAAACAGCAGUCCUAAGUGAGACUCUUUGAGCCCUCCUGGACCACAGUGGGCUGUGACCAGCAUGUCCCUCUGAGUGAGAUGCCUCUCAGAGCCAGAGUACUCCCAAGUUUGCUGUACUUGGAGGACCACCACCGAACACCAACGAUGGAGCCUGGGCUGAUACCCCCACUCCUCAAGGCUCAACCUAUUGAGAAGAUGCACAGGCAUCUGACAUGAGUACUUCACUAAAUUCGAGGGGAAUUUCUCAAGUGUAUGUACAAACCUUGUACAUACAUUUAGGUCUGUGUGUGUGAGUGUGAAUAUGCUAUAGCAAAUGUCGUAUGAAUGUUGCUCUCCUAGAUUCUUAAGUAUUUUAGAUUCAUAAGGAAGUUAGGCCUAUAAUUGAGUUGCUGUUGUGCUAUAGAAAAUUCUAUAAGAAUCUUUUGUCAAAUUGUGUACAUUAAGCUAUCAAUUAAGUGCUGUUAAGUUUAAGUGCUUUUAAAAACUUUUAGGCCUAAACCAUUGUUCAAGUCUGGGGCUAAGUUUGUCAAGGAGGUCAAACUACUCUGAACCUUGUGACUCAACGGGAAUGUCUCCCUUAUUCCUUUUUAUCCUUAGCCUUUCUCAUCCUUACUCUUUUUCCAUGUAGAUAAUUUUUGGUUGAUUUUAGUUUUAGAUUGAUUGAUGUUAGAUUUCAGUACAAUUUUUCUCUGUGUGCUUUAACCAUCAAGUAAGUAGAAGAUUGCCAAUGAACUUUGUUAUGCUUUCACUUUUGUAUUAAACCUGCUUUUGCCGAUA